AUGAUUGCGUUCGCGCAGACGUGCCUGGCGAGGGAAGGGUCAGAUGACGCAGCGGCGGCACAGGAGGCGCUGAGGGUGGUGGAGCAUGGGGCGAGCAUGCUGAGGGCGCAGGGCGGGCACGCAGCAGCGUCGCAGGCAGCGCGGCUGCUCCGCUUCAAGGCGGCUCUGCAUCUUAGAGUCCACGACAGCAGUGGAGCAGUGGAGGCAUUAGAGGAGGUGGCGGCAAUGGGGGAUGCAGGGCUGUGCGAGAGAGGUGCGUGGUGGGAUUUUCAAGCAGCAGAGGAGCAUUUCACUGGUGCUCUUAAAGAGGCAGAAGCCAUGGAUGGUAACUCCUUCCUUCUCACCUCCAUUUUACUCCCCAGCAUGUUCUCUCUUUCCUGCUGCUCAUCCUUUCAUUUCACAGCAGCUCUCAACGAGGCAGAGGCCAUGGAUGAUAGCUCAGACUUCAAUCCGAUGGUGGGAGCUGUGCUGUCUCUUCUGGGCGACACAUAUGCUCAGCGAGGCAGGCUGCAGCACACGGGGGAGGGCAUGAUUGCCGAGGGUCUGUUUCGCCGAGCGCUGGCACUCCUGGGGGCGGCACAGUGGGACAAUCUGGACCACAGGCUGUCGCUGCUCGCAGCAGCAGGGGGGUCCGGUGCAGAUCAAGACACAGACGAAGAGCAGCUAAAGGACCAGAAGAACCGAGUGCUACAGCUGGACCUUAUCGCCUUCACCCUCGAGCGCUAUGCAGCAGCUCUUCAGGCCUUCCCCAUGCGGGCCAGUGAGGCGCAGAGCAUGAGUGCCGCCGCCCACCACCUCUGGCGCUCCCCUCUCUCCCUCGACUCCGCCGUUACCUCUUCUCGAGUAUCCGCCGCUGCUCUUGAGCCGAUGAUGAAAUUACCUGUUUGUGCCGCUGACAAUCCCGGUGUUUCGUCGGAAUCUGAAUCGGUGAAAGACUCGGCUCGUGCAGCGCAUUUCUCGUUGCCUGCACCAGUGGUCGAUGUGACAACAGGCAGGGUGCUGCUGUCGUGA